AUGAAUGAUAGUGAGGAUGAGAGGGCCACAACUCUUGAUGAUGGCUUUGGAUUGGUUGAUGUUACUUUACCAGUUAGUGAGGGCUCUCUUGUAGCUGGUUUGUUGACUCAUCCUAGUAAGGGUAAAGGUAAAGGUGAGAGUGAAAAUAAAGGUGAGGAUGAUGAAUAUAUAAGUGAGGAUUUACUAAGUUCUGACCCUGAUGCCUCAGAGGAUGAAAAAGAGCAUAGGUUUGAAAAGUUUAAGAAGGAGGAGCUUAACAAGGAUUACAAAUUUAAAUGGGGUAUGGAGUUUAAUACCCUAAAUGAUUUUAGAGAGGCCAUCCGUGAGUGGACGGUUUUAAAUGGAAGGGAAAUUACUUUUGUUAAAAAUGAGAGUUAUAGAGUGAGGGUUGAGUGCAAGGCCAAAUGUGGUUUUUUAAUGCUUUGCUCUAAAGUGGGCCAUAAGCACAGUUAUGCCAUAAAGACUAUAAAAGAUACCCACACAUGUGCUAGGGUUUUGGAAAACAAAAGUGCAAGUUCUAAGUGGGUGGCUAAGGCUGUGGUCAAAAAGAUGAGAACAUCUGACAAGGUAAGGAUUUGUGACAUAAUCCAAGAUAUGAGACAAAAUUAUUCUGUUGGUAUCACUGUUUGUAGGGCAUGGAAAGCAAAGCUAAUUGCCAAAAAAAUCAUUGAAGGAGAUGCAGACAAGGAGUAUGCAAAUCUGUGGAGGUAUGCAUCUGAGUUGCAUAGGGUCAAUCCUGGAAACACUGUGAAGAUAAACAUAGAGAGGCCAUUACCUACCAUCCCACCAAGGUUUGGCUCUUUUUACUUCUGUUUUGAUGGAUGUAAAAAAGGAUUUACAAAUGGUUGUAGACCCUUCAUUGGGGUAGAUGGUUGUCAUUUGAAGACAAAGUAUGGAGGUCAACUACUGAUUGCUGUUGGAAGAGAUCCUAAUGAUCAAUACUUCCCUUUGGCCUUUGGGGUGGUGGAAACAGAAACCUGA